AUGGCCCCCAUUGUCAAAUCUUCGAAUCUCGCACACAUAUUUCCCCCCUAUAACCUUACUCCAUUAGACCAUGUUGUGCCCUGGGAGAUUUUCAAUGCAGUUUUCUCUUUUAGUCUGUUGGGCAAGGACAUCUUCGAAGUUGUUCAGUCGGUAGAGAGAGGAAUCUCCAAUUUAUGCUCCAAUUUCCCCUUCCUGACUGGGGUAGUGGUACCAUCCAUCCAACCAAAUGGAAGACGCAACCUAUUCAUGGUACAACCUGCAAGUGCUACCCAGAUUGAAGAUUACCCCAUCCUGGUCAUUCAAGAGCAUACCGAAAGCACACCCAAAACUGUGAAUGGGCGCCUCAACCCUGCUUUGACACCAGUUCCAAUGCUAUACCCGGCAUCCAAUCCUUCUCCCGUGUUACGGCUGAAGACUAAUAUAGUACGGGAUGAACUUAUUCUAGUAUGGAGCUGUGAUCAUCGGGCGCUAGAUGGGACCAUCUUUCUUGCUAUUUUCGACGAAUUCGCCACAUUCAGUCGUGAUCCAAAUUCCCCUCGGAAACUGGCCACAGCACCAGAUGUGCAAGACAAGACAAGACAAGAAAUCCAUGAGAUUGCAUCUGCAAUCAAACCACAAAGACUUCCCUGGACCUUGAUCUCUCCAUCAGCUAGUAGAGCCAAGGAAUCCAGAGAAUUUAUUGAUUCUUGUCGAUUUGCACUCAGUUCUUCCUACGUCCUUGAUCACCAAAAGAUAGUAUUGCUACGUGAUGCCUAUAUUCUCGCUGGAAGCUCUCUUCCUGAGAAACACAGCAAGAGCCCUCCUAGCCAGAUCACUCCUCUGAAUAUGAUUGUAUCGGCACUUGUGAGCCUCUGCACCAAUCGCGCGCGCUUGAAGGCGUUUCCUAACGAGCGAGAACAACCAUCUGAUUUGCUCAUCGCAACCAACAUUCGAAAGGCAGGUCACAUACCUCGAUCGUAUAUGGGCAAUUGUAUCCUACCCGCAGAAAGUAAGGGUGGUAGCUCCGUGCUGCCCCCGCCUGAAGUCUUGCACAAUAUCCCUUUGCGGGGGUCUCUAGGUGCUCUACAACCGGAAGAUAUAUGGCAUGUUUACAAUAUCGCCAAGAACCUCCGGCAGGCUCGCGAGCUCUUGGACAGAGAGCGCAUUCAAGGUGUGAUUGCGAAUCUGUCUCGCAGCCAUGAUUGGGGUUCAUUUCAGCCCGGGUAUGGAGUGAGCAUGUUCAUAUCCGAUAUAAAAGCAGCGUCGCCUUAUAUGAACCUUGGGCCUCUCGGAGACGUUCAGUCGUUUGAUAUGUAUGUAGAGACACUCCCUGGCUUGUGUUUUAUUUUACCCGAUCCUCCAGGGUCAGAGCCUAGUUGGAGGCUGCGAUUGGUUCUGGAACGCGCGGCGAUGGAGUGUUUGUCAAGCGAUCCCCUCUUUCGGUGGGCUUUGGCGCCUACGGUCUGCAGAGAUGCUAAAAUGUAA